ACCCACUCUUCUGCUAAUUCUCUCCCCCACAACCAUCCUCCAUAGCCGUCGCAGACCUCCAUUGAAACACAGCAGAUUGAUUUGCCAUCAUGUCUUGGUGCACCAUUGAAUCUGAUCCCGGUGUUUUUACUGAACUUAUACAACAAAUGCAAGUAAAAGGCGUGCAGGUCGAGGAAUUAUAUUCUUUGGAUAUCGAUUCGCUAAACAGUCUUAGGCCGGUUUAUGGGUUGAUAUUCCUAUUUAAAUGGCGUGCGGGUGAGAAAGACGAGCGUCUUGUAAUCAAAGAUCCAAAUCCGAAUUUGUUUUUUGCUAGCCAGGUUAUUAACAAUGCAUGUGCUACUCAAGCGAUUCUCUCCAUUCUUAUGAACUGUCCGGAAGUCGAUAUCGGGCCUGAGUUAUCAGCACUGAAAGAAUUCACCAAAAAUUUCCCUCCCGAGCUUAAAGGGCUCGCGAUUAACAACAGUGAAGCCAUCCGAACCGCCCACAAUAGUUUCGCAAGGCCCGAGCCUUUUGUUCCCGAAGAACAGAAAUCUGCUGGAAAAGAUGACGACGUCUAUCAUUUCAUAAGCUACAUACCCGUAGACGGUGUGCUUUACGAGCUUGACGGCUUGAAAGAGGGACCCAUUAGCCUGGGCCAAUGUUCAGGUGGUCAAGGUGAUCUGGACUGGCUCAAGUUGGUGCAGCCUGUGAUUCAAGAAAGAAUUGAAAGGUAUUCACAGAACGAGAUACGGUUCAACCUCAUGGCCAUAAUCAAGAACCGGAAAGAGAUGUAUACGGCUGAGCUCAAAGAACUGCAGCGGAGGAGAGAGCGGCUGCUGCAGCAGCUGUCGACGGUGCAGACGGAUGGCGGCAACGUGGAGGCRCUGAACAAGUCGCUUUUGGAAGUGAAUGCUUGGAUCGAGGGGGCGACUGAGAAGAUUCUGGUGGAGGAAGAGAAGUUCAAGAAGUGGAGAACGGAAAAUAUCCGAAGGAAACACAAUUACAUACCGUUUUUGUUCAAUUUCUUGAAGAUUCUGGCGGAGAAGAAGCAGUUGAGACCGCUGAUCGAAAAGGCGAAGCAGAAAACGAGCAACCCGAGGUAAGUUUCGAGGUUUUCGGUUUUUGAUAUGAAUUAUGUUCAUGAUGUUGGUAUUUUGAAAAGGAUGUUGUAAUUUAGGCAAAACUUGUGUUUGGAUUGUCAUACGGAGGUUGAUAAUGUUGAAUUAUAUGCUAGUAACUUUUUGAUGAUUU